AUUGGUGAUUUGUAAAUUAAUCUAAUUUGUUUUUAAUUCUAUAUUUUAAUUGUGCUUGAGUUUAUUUGUAAUCAGUGAUUAUUAAAUUAUAUUAUCUUUGUGAGACGAUCAAAAGUGAACAAAAAACUUAAGGUCACCUUUAAAAAUAAAAGAUGGAGAAGAAUAGUGAACUUGACCGGCGAAUUCGUAAAUUAUUAACUCUACUGAGAAAUGAGGAGAACAAGUUGACCCUUAUGAAGAAAAUUUGGCAAAGUCAAUUAGUGAAGAAAAAUAUAUCUCAGUCAUCAGUAUCUGGUUCAGCUCAUCAGCAACAGCAACAACAAUCACAAUCACAAUCACAACAACAACAACAACAACAACUUCAUCACCAUCAGCAACAACAUCAACAACAACAACAUCAUCAACAUCAUCAACAGUCAACUCAUUCUCAUCAUUUAACAUCAACUCCACCAGCACAUAGCCAUCAUCCAACACCGACUCCUCCAGCUCAUAGCCUUCAUCAUCAGACACCACCAUCUUCAGCACACAGCCACCAUCAUCCAACACCACCAGCACACACCCAUCAUCAACCCACUAUAAUUGCUGCACAUCAACAACAAACUCAUGUACCACCACCAAUGAUUUUAAAUCCACCGAUUACCAAUAAUCGAUCAUAUGGAGCUGCACCACCGCCACCUCCACCACCUCACGGCCUAUCUUCCCAUCUACCAGGUAUUCAUGGAAAUCAUGGAAAUCAUGGUAAUCAUGGUAAUCAUGGAAAUCAUGGAAAUCAUCACCAUCAACACCAACAUCAACACUCGCAUCAACAUCAACAUCAACCAAUCGGAUAUAAGCCUGUUGUUAAUCGUGAAAUAAAUAACCAAACAGUAGCUCAAAGAAUUGCAGCUGCUAAAUCUGCUCUAAAGAAGCAAUUAGAGAAAACUCUUCUUCAAAUUGUUCCACCCAAACCACCUCCACCCGAGAUGCAUUUCAUCCCCAAUGCAAAUAACAAUGAAUUUAUAUAUUAUUAUGGUCUUGAAACGGUUGUCGACUUUUUAACUGGAACAGAUCAAAAUAAAUCACCACCGGAACCCUUUGAAUGUGUCCAGUGUGGCUCUGAUUAUACUCCACUUUGGAAAUGGCCUGGAGGUAUUGAUCCAAACAGAGGAAAACCAGCCGUUAUUUGUGAAUCUUGUGUUUCAAAUAAUAUGAAGAAAAAAUUUAGAGAUGAUCAUACCAAACGCUUGAAAUCAGCCUUUGUUAAAGCUCUACAACAAGAGCAAGAAAUUGAACAAAAAAUAUCCUCCGGAGAGCCAAGUCCACCAAUUCCAGCUCUCACACCACCAACAAAUCCAAUCAACAACAAUUCUCAAGCUGCUUCAGUAGCCGCUGCCGCUGCUGCCGCCGCUGCUGGUCUAUCAAAUUCUCUUGGUAAUUCUGUACACGGGUUUGGCAAUUCACCGGUUUUACCACAGGCACCUCCAGCUCAUAGUUCUUUCUUGCGUCAUGGAUCCGCUGCCAAUGCAGCCGCAGCUUCAGCUAAUGCCUCCGCUGCCGCCGCGUUCGCGGCAUCUUCAGCCUUGUUCAAUUUAUCUAAAUUCACACCAGCCCAGCAAUCGCUUCUCCAAGCACAGAUACAACAAUUGGCUCAAAGUUUACCACACAGUCUCAACCCUCAAGGUUUAUCUCAACCUCAACCUGCACAUAUGCUACCCUUUGCUCCCUUACUUUUACAAUAUGGAGCAUUGAUGAACAAUCGACAGUCAAUGAAUUGAUUUUACAAACAAAUUUAAAUGUGUAAUUUGGGCUCGUUCUUUUGAAAGAAAAACAAAACAAACAAACAAAACUUUAAAAAGAAAUCAGUGUAAUUUCUCAAUUGAAUAAAUAUAAUACAUGCAUCACAAUAGGAAAAAAA